CAAAAGCCAUGGACGACGAGGCCGAGACGUACAAACUGUGGCGCAUCCGCAAGACAGUGAUGCAGAUGUGCCGUGACCGCGGCUAUCUGGUGACGCAGUACGAGCUGGACCAGACACUAGACCAGUUCAAGGAGCAGUUCGGAGACAGGCCAAGGUUCGCCUCACGUGAUACUUUCAUUUGACUCACUGGUUUUCUUCGAUGUUCAGUGAACGUCGACCUAAUCGGACGGACCUCUCUAUUCUGGUGGCCCAUAACGACGACCCCACAGAUCAGAUGUUUGUUUUCUUCCCAGAGGACGCCAAGGUCGGAAUAAAAACCAUCAAACAAUACUGUCAGCGGAUGCAAGAAGAGAAUAUAUCUCGAGCCAUCAUUGUGGUUCAGCAGGGAAUGACUCCGUCGGCCAAACAGUCUCUGGUGGACAUGGCCCCCAAGUACAUUCUGGAGAUGUUUAUGGAGGCCGAGCUGAUGAUCAACAUCACUGAACACGAGUUGGUUCCGGAGCAUGUCGUCAUGACACCAGAAGCGAAGAAAGAACUGCUGCAGAGGUAUAAACUGAAGGAGCACCAGUUGCCACGGAUACAGCAGAGUGAUCCUGUCGCUAGAUAUUUUGGACUGAAGAGAGGGCAAGUGGUGAGAAUCAUAAGACCCAGUGAGACUGCUGGAAGAUAUGUCACCUACAGAAUGGUGCAGUGAAGACUGUAUAAUUAUACUGUCCACCUCUAUCAACUCUCUCUUUCAUCACAUGAUUGCAAGAAGCUUCAGCUUUUGUCUAUAUUGUGCUUCACAUAACAAUAAGUGUGUCUUCUAAAUGCAAAUCAGCUCGCGUCACCUGGCCACAUAAAAAAAUAUCAUCAUGUGAUGCAAUAAUUCAGGUGUAAAAAUGUACUCUGUUGUAGUUCGUACCACAGCCAGACAUAAUUCCAUUGAGAAUAAAUUAAAAUCCUAGUAGAGUAGUUCAGGCUACGUAGAUAGAGGACACCCAUCCCCGUCAUCUCUGGAGUUAAGGGCAAAUAUGAUGAGAUCAGCGAGCCACCACGCGAAGAAAGAGGAGGGAGACAAACGAGUUCACAGAGCAGCAGAAGAUGCACAGUGCCGACGUGUCGUCGUCUCUCUUUCGUGCCACGGCGCAGGACGCACACUGAAAGAAGCAGAGCAACAGACCUAGAAUAAUCUGAGGGACUGCCAGAUCGUAGCGCUCUAUGUAGAAGUUUGCGGCGCCAAAGUUGAUGAGGAAGAUGCUCAGGAGGAGGGCAACUACCCGUCUCCUGGUGUCCCUCCUGCACUCCCCACUGCUGUUGGAGAAAUGCCAGCAGUUUCUUAGCUGGCAGAAGUUGGUGGAGGGGUCGUAGUAGAAGCACUCGAGGCUCUCCGUCGUCCCGUUGCUGUCGGCGGUGUAGACGUCGCAGUUGCAAAUGCCAGUGGUACUGUUACACUCCCCCACGAGGGCGUAUCUGCUGCAUACAUCCUCCUGGUCGUGUCGUCUGGCUCCACAGUCCGUUCCGUUGGGUGGCAGCUCAGAACACGUGCUCGUAAAUAUUACGAAGCCUACUAGUAGAGCCAGUUCUAAGCUCUUUAAACAGUUCAUUAUCCUUGGUCUUGGAUCUUCAAUCCCAGUUCUGUAGUCUUUAUCACUGAAUUUUGAGGGCUGUCAUCUCCACAGCAA